AUGUCAAGCAUAGCUGUACUGACAAGCAGGUAUAGCUCAUUUGACAAAAUGUACUGUCAUGACUUGCGUAAACAAAGCUUUACAGACUGGCCAUUUAGGGAGGAAUGUCACUGCACACCUGAAAAGAUGGCCAAGGCUGGGUUUGUCCAUUGCCCCAGUGAGAAUGAGCCUGAUGUUGUGUGCUGUUUCUUCUGUUUGAUUGAGCUUGAGGGCUGGGAGCCAGACGAUGAUCCCUGGUCGGAACAUGCAAAACGCUCCCCUGACUGUGGAUUCUUAACCAUGAAGAAAGACUUCACCGAGCUAACUGUGGCUCAGUACUAUGGAAUGGAAAAAGAGAGGCUCAAGAUCUAUCUCAGAAAAGUUUGUCAUAAGAAGAUGGCAGCAAUGCGGGAUGACAUAGACCACACGCUUGAGAGGCUUAAAUCUCAGUUGGACUCGAUAUGA